AUGAAGCUGACACUACGACCGGAAUGGCGACUGUGGCCUUUGUCGUCCUUUCUGGGAGUGCUGGAUAUCAAGACCGGUGUCACUAUCGCUCUUCUCUUUGCGUUAUUCAAUAAAGUAACGGGCGUGUAUGGCCUCAUUGCGGUGGUCACCGGGGCAGGAGGCUCAUUCGCGCAGCUGAGCCUGUACAUCUAUUCUGCGAUCGCCCUCGGAGGGUUGGUCUGGGGACUGAAUGCGAUCAAGCAGGAGGAUGCCAAGAACACACUCUAUUUCGCCCAUUUCUUCUUCAUUGACCACAUCUUCUCCACAAUUUGGACGGUCUUUUUUGCCGUUGCCUGGUGGAUAUACACACCUCAUGAUGGGCGACGCAUAGCCAACUCGGAGGCACAGAAGAAAAUGAUGGAAGGGGGCCCGAUAAACAACAUGACUGAUGCCGAGCGAGCCACCGCCGCGAUGACCAUAUGGACUCACGAGAAAAGCACCGCCGCUACCGUCAUCAUCAUCUCGUGGCUGGUCAAGAUCUAUUUUGCUCUUCUACUUUACUCUUAUGCGUCUCACCUUCGCAAAGGCUCUUACCGAUCACUCUCUCAAACACGGUCUGUCUCUACACCACUCGCUUCAGGAUAUGACUCUUCGCUGCUACCGGAGGGCGAUGAAGACGACGUCGAGGCCUUCUAUCGCGCUCCAUUGCGAACGCCGAACACCGGCAACUCUAUUUCAAGCUUCGCGGACUUCGUAGGCGCACCAAGUCGGACUCACAAGAUCAAAGGCUCUUCGUCGUUAGGCCGCCCAAACGUCGCAGCAAAGCCUUCCGAUGGCGACGAAGAGGAAGUCCUGUUUGACGACGAAGAAUUGAUGAGCUCACGUAGUCACUCAAAAUUUGGAACCGACGAAAGUACGGCAAGCGUCAGUUCUCAAGAUGAUGAACAUAAUAUCUCGAUACCCACAGGCCUCAGCCGAAAUCGUCCUUGA